CGCUCAGCCAGGCAACGCUUAUACGCUCCCACGUCAAGAGCAGGUGAAGAGGGAGGAAGGAGCGGGUUUAGCAAGGAAGAGGAGAGAAUCAGGGGAGAGAGAGCUUUCAGUCUAGCUUAGAUACGGUGUUGGGUGUGUUACUGUGAGUGUGUGCACUCACUGUAGAGAGGUGUUUGCUCACCAUGGCUGGCAGCCUGUUUGGACGGCUCUCCCUGGAGGAAGGGGACUCUGCCAACUCCCUGGAGGGCCUGGAAAUCAAGCUUGGGGGAGAAGCCAUGCACCAGGCCCUGGACACACUGAGUGACAGCACGAGCUCCACAACGGCCAACGACCUGGACCUCAUCUUCCUCAAAGGCAUCAUGGAGAGCCCAGUGGCCCAUGAGCAGUUUGAGGAAACCAAGCUGGAGGCUGUGAGGGAGAACAAUGUGGAGCUGGUGCAGGACAUCCUCAAAGAGCUGAACCCGCUAACAGACAGCAGCACGGCGGCCGACGAGCUGGUCCGCAUCCUGAAUGAGCCUCACUUCCAGUCUCUCCUGGAGACCCAUGAUUCUGUGGCGUCCAAAAACUACGAGACACCCCCCUCCAGCCCCUGCUCCUUCAUGGACGCAGCCCUCAACAACCAGCCCGUUCCCCCAGACGCAGUCCGGAUGGUGGGCAUCCGUAAAGUGUCUGGCGAGCACCUGGGAGUGACGUUUCGGGUGGAGAGCGGCGAGCUGGUGAUUGCCCGGAUCCUCCACGGCGGCAUGAUCGACCAGCAGGGUCUGCUCCAUGUGGGCGACAUCAUCAAGGAGGUGAACGGCAAGGAGGUGGGCAACGACCCUAAAGUGCUGCAGGAGAUGCUGAAGGAGGCGAGUGGCAGCGUGGUGCUGAAGAUCCUGCCCAGCUACCAGGAGCCACACACACCCAGACAGGCCUUUGUAAAGUGUCACUUUGACUACGACCCAUCCCAUGAUAACCUGAUUCCCUGCAAAGAAGCGGGGCUGGGCUUCAGCAGCGGAGACAUUCUGCAGAUUUUCAACCAGGAGGACCUGAACUGGUGGCAGGCCUGCCACAUAGAAGGAGGCAGUGCAGGUCUCAUCCCAAGCCAGCUGCUGGAGGAGAAAAGGAAAGCGUUUGUGAAGAGAGAUCUGGAGCUCGCUACCACAGGUCCUCUAUGUGCUGGAAUGGGUGGAAAGAAGAAAAAGAAGAUGAUGUAUUUGACUACGAAGAAUGCAGAAUUCGAUCGCCAUGAGCUGCGGAUAUAUGAAGAGGUAGCCAAGGUCCCACCCUUCAGGAGGAAGACUCUGGUUCUGAUUGGUGCACAAGGAGUCGGACGUCGUAGUUUGAAAAACAAGCUGCUGGUGUCUGAUCCCCAGCGGUACGGCACUACCGUCCCCUUCACCUGCAGAAAACCAAAGGUGGAUGAGAGAGAUAGCCAGAUGUACUCUUUCAUGACCCGCAGCGAAAUGGAGUGCGACAUCAAAAGUGGUCGUUUCCUGGAGCACGGCGAGUACGACGGGAAUCUGUACGGCACGAAAAUCAACUCCAUACACGAGGUGAUAGAAACAGGAAAGAUCUGCAUCCUGGACGUCAACCCACAGGCUCUUAAAGUCCUGAGGACGUCAGAGUUCCUGCCCUAUGUUGUAUUCAUUGAAGCACCGGAUUUUGAGGUUCUCAAAGCUAUGAAUAAAUCGGCAAUUGAAUCAGGAGUGGUGACGAAACAGUUAACGGACUCUGAGUUAAAGAGGACAGUGGACGAGAGCGAGCGCAUCAAGCGGGCCUACGGACAUUACUUUGACCUGUGCAUCGUAAACGACGGCCUGGAGUCUGCGUUCAGGAGUCUACGGUUGGCGCUGGAGAAACUGUCGACGGAGCAACAGUGGGUGCCUGUCAGCUGGGUCUUCUGAACCAAGAGGCCACCGUCAAGGGUCCAAAGCCACAGGUCAAAGAUCAGAGGACGGUGAGGUAGCUCCAGAGGGGCCGUCUCCACGCAGUUAUCCAAGCGUCAUGAUUCAGAGCCUUUCCUACUUUAUGUAGUGUACUGUUUACAUUGGGUUGGUAGGACAGAUUGGUGACGGAAACAUACCAAAUGUCAUAUUUAUUAUAGACCAUUUGAUCAUACAGUAUGAUUGUAUGUGUUCAGAAAUGUGCUUUAUAUCGUUUGUCUCCACUAAUUUGAAAAAUGAACAGCAAUAGAGUCAAACUAUAACAUAUGUGUACAAUACAUGUACCUACAGACCGAUGAACACAGACACUGAUGUACACAUAAACACAAGUUGUGUUGAUAUUGCAACCUUUUUUUGUUUCAAAUGUUGAUUACAUUACACUUUUGUUGUCCUAUGCUGGUAAAGCGUCAGGUUUAUUCGACAGCAAGACGACCCAGCAAAUAGAUUCUGUUGGAGUUUUAUUUGUAGCACUAAGAACAACAAAAAAUGAAGAUAAAGUAAAAGUAGCCUACAGUGUGCACUGAUUGUAUAAUGAAGGCAAACAUGUUACUUAACACUAUGUUUUUUCUGUUAUCUUUGAUGUACAUACAGUAAAAUAUUUAUCAGUGGCUUCAAAUUCAUACUUACUUUUGCCUUAACGUUGUUCAAAAGCCAAGGAAUCACUCACUGUACAUGUUCCUUCUUAGAAAAUAGAGACGAAUAAUACUGGCGACGCAUUGAAUAUUUAUUUUAUUUCCCCUCAAACUUGUAAGUACUGUAUUGUAAUAAAGAGUAUAUAGUAUAACAUAGAGAA